CAACAGGGGAAGCAGAGAUUUAUUUACCUGACUUCUUCAAGAAUGGUCACUACUUGUAUCGUGCCUUGUUGUCGUAAGCGAUCCGACAAAUGUCCCCUGUUACGUUAUUUCAGAAUACCAGCGGUAAGGUUAAAUGAGGGAGACGUGACAAGAGAACUUACCGACAGAAGAAGGGCUACAUGGAUAGCAAGGAUAAACAGAGCAAACUUCUAUCCCACGGCUGCUCACAGAGUAUGCUCUCAGCACUUUGUUAAAGGUGAACCAUCUCAGCUCUAUGAUCGGACAAAUCCAGACUGGGCCCCUUCACUGAAGUUGGGAGUGACAUUAGAAGCCACCAGUCACACUGACAAGGAAGUGGAAGUGGAAUCGGGGCCUGCACAGAGUAAUCAAGGUGACCAUGAACUCCCAAGCAGACAUAAGGACAACAAACCAACAGAGGCCAAUCUGAAAAGUGUGGAUUCACUCUCCCAGUCCCUUGUCUGUGCUUCAGAGUCCAGUUCUGUUGAUUCUUUUGGUUCAAACGGCGACGGCACAGAAGAAUCUUCAGAGCACGUCCCACAGACAGAAGUACAUGUGAGGCUGGUGGACUGCCGUGACCAGCUGGGACCCAAUGGCAUUUACAUCAUAAAAGGAGAGGAAGGUGAUGGCUCCAACUCCCAGAUUGGUCCCCGUGGCGAUGACCCCGCUGCACCUCAAGAGGGAGCGAGAAACAGACGGAGUCUGAGGAGUUACGAGUGCAGCGCGUGUGGGAAGCUGUUUCUCCGCCUCCGCGUGGCAACGCACGCCGCCGAGAAGCCUCACCGAUGCUCGCAGUGCGCCAAGCGAUUCACUCCGCCGCCGCCGAACUUCAGGAAGCCCGAGCGCGCGGCGAGCAGUAGGGUGAGACCGCACAGGUGCUCCCAGUGUGAUGCGUCCUUCACCCAGCUGUCCAACCUGAAGAGGCACGAGCUCCAGCACACCGGCGAGCUCAGUCACGUCUGCGCCACGUGUGGGAAAGCGUUCGGCCGACAAGACUUGCUCAGAAAACACCGGAGGCUUCACACCAGGGAGAGACCGUACUCUUGCACGCGGUGCCCCAAGUCGUUCUCCUGGGCGUCGUCGCUCAGGCAUCAUUUGACUACCCAUGCAGAUCAGACGUCGCGGAACCUGCCGGGUAACUCCUGUUCAGCCGAGAACCACCAAAGCACUCCUGCCGAGGUAAAGCCCUAUCAAUGCUCGCAGUGCGAUAAAACGUUUUGUAGAAAGGCUGACCUUCGGGUGCACCUGAAAAGACACUCGGGAGAGAGGCGGUACUUGUGUCAGUACUGCGGCAAGACGUACAGCGAUCCGCAGUCCCUCACCAUCCACCAGCGUGCGCACACCGGAGAGAGACCCUUCGAGUGCUCGUGGUGCGGCAAACGCUUCGCCCGCUCUUCGGCGCUGCGAAGCCACGAGACGCAGCACACGGGCAAGCGGCCUCACGUCUGCGAGGCGUGCGGGAGGGCCUUCGCCCGGCGAGACCUACUCCGGAAACACCAGCGAACGCACACAGGGGAGAAACCUUACCACUGCUCCAUCUGUGGGAAGCACUUUGGCUACCUGGCGAGUCUGAAGAAACAUCAGAAGGACAUGCACACAGUGAUGGAGAGGGGGGGCCAGCGGUGCUCGCGGUGCGGAAAGAGGUUUGCGACUGCGCAGGACCUGAGGACGCAUGGAUGCACGACGAAAAAACAGCAACAUUCCGUUGAGGACGUCUUCAGUGGGGCGUUACAAGACUUUGCUAAAGAGUUGGUGCUGCCGCUUAUAUGACUACGGGGAUUUUGUGACGUAUCAGUAUCUUUAAAGUUCUGUCCUACACAGCACCUAGGUCUCAAUUUAUUGUUUUGAUCUGCAUGCUGUUCUGUGUAACUGUUACUGCAGUUUGUCAGGUAGCACAACAUGCUAACAACAUCAAGGCCAUGGGCUCAAUAGAUAAUAGAGUACUGAUGAAAAAACGUAUCUUAUUCUGCAAGUCAUUUUGGACAGGUCAAGUUCUUCAAGUGAAGUUAAUACUGUAUGUAGAUAUUGUUUUUGUGCACUUUUGUUCAAAGAAAUGUAAUGAUUUUGAUA